CACGUCCAGAACGAUCGCGUGGUUUUGUUCCGGAAGCCACCUCGCCUUCGUUGACGUAUUUCUUUUCUGUAUCUUACCUUUCUCACACCAUCCUCAUUCCCACCUACAGCCGGAAGCUCACGUUCAUUCGCGAUGGGGUCGCAGAUUGAUUCGCAAGACGAGUUCACUGUGCUCGUCACCGGCUUCGGCCCUUUCAAAGCACAAUACCCCGUAAACCCCUCCUGGGAAAUCGCCCACUCGCUCCCAGCAUACCUUCCGCCCCUCCGUGCCAAGAACCCAAAAGAUCACCACUCUUCAACCUCGACCUCCUCCUCUCGUCCCCUCCUGCCGGUUCGGAUCCUCGUUCACCCGGAAGCCAUCCGCGUAAACUACCAAAACGUCCGCCGCCUGGUGCCUCAGCUAUGGGAUCCGGCAACCCACCCGCGCAUCGACGCGACCGUCCACAUCGGCAUGGCGGGACCGCGACUAUUCUACUCGAUUGAGCGCCGUGGUCACCGCGACGGGUACGCUUUCCCCGACGUGGACGGGAACAAGCUCGAGGACGAUGAUAGGCGGAGGGAGGAGGGCGAGAACUGGGUGUGGUACGGCAUGCCGUCGGAGAUUGAGACGGGGUUUGAUUUGGCUGAUGUGCUAGAGCGGUGGAAGGAUCACAGUCCGGUAAGUUUCUGUCACAGGGUUACGAACUGCUGUUGCUCCUGAGUAAGGUUGAGGGUGGAGGAAGAGAACUGACUUUUUUGCGCAGGAGGGAUCCGACCUUCGUA